GUGCUCUCGUGUGCUUUUCUAUCACCGACCUCUUCUCCUCUCCUACUGCAACUGCCCACUUCUCGUCGGUUCGGUACUUGGUCAGUUACACAGCGAAUCCUCUGUCCUCCAGUGGAAAGGCAGCAGUAUUUGUAUCGUUACACUCCCAUCCUCGUCUACCUCACUGCCUCUCAACCUCCGCCGUCUCCCGCAGAGGUCUUAUCAUGAAGGCAGUUGAACUCGCCCUUUUGGGGAGUGCGCUCGUUGCUGGCGUUUCCGCGAGAAUUCCAGGUCCUGUGGUCCACAAUGGAAGGCACCAAGGCCCUCAGCUCCAAGUCCGGAAACGACAGCUGCCCGCAGAACCUACCGACGUGCAGACCAUCAUCAGCCCCAAUGGUGUGAACAUCACCUACAAAGAGCCUGGUCAAGCGGGUGUCUGUGAGACCACCCCAGGUGUCAACUCCUAUGCUGGCUUCAUCAACCUGGCACCGGACGUGCACAGCUUCUUCUGGUUCUUCGAGUCGAGGAAUGAUCCUGCGAAUGAUCCAAUCACACUCUGGCUGAAUGGUGGUCCGGGAAGUGAUUCGCUCAUUGGGCUGUUCGAAGAACAUGGACCAUGCAACAUCACCGAAGACCUGAUUUCCCAAUUGAACCCGUACUCAUGGAACGAAGCUUCGAACAUGAUCUACCUCAGUCAACCUCUUGGUGUUGGAUUUUCGUACGGCUCAAAGGCACCGGGCUCUUUGGACCCAAUCACGGGAAGCUUCUUGAAUGCAUCUCAGGCGAAUGUCACAGGCAGAUACCCUGUCAUCAAUGCAUCUGCUAUUGACACCACGCAACUGGCUGCGAUCGCCGCCUGGGAAGUCUUGCAGGGCUUCUACUCUGCCCUGCCCCAGCUUGACUCAAGAGUCCAAUCCACGAAGUUCAACCUCUGGACUGAAUCUUAUGGCGGCCACUAUGGUCCCGCAUUCUUCGACUACUUCCAGCAACACAACCAGGCCAUUCUCAAUGGCACAGAAACUGGCAAAUACUUCGAGUUUGUGAACCUGGGUAUCAUCAACGGAAUCAUCUCCGAGUACAUUCAAGCACCUGAAUACCCCAAGUUUGCGGUGGGAAACACCUACGGCAUUCCGCUCGUCAACCAGACCGUCUACGACUACAUGACCUUCGCUACCUACAUGACCAAUGGAUGCUUGGACCAGAUCGCGCUGUGUGCCGAAGUGGAUACUACCACGCUCAGUGGCCAGGCCAUCUGCACCGAGGCCGCAGACAUGUGUCGCGACAACGUAGAGAGUCCUUAUUACUACGAAGGCGCAGACAGAGGCGUCUACGACAUCCGCCAUCCAAUGGAUGACCCGACACCACCGACGUACUUCAUCGACUAUCUCAAUUCCCCUAAUGUCCAGAACGCCCUCGGCGUCGACACGAACUACACGAGCGAUGCCAACAACGAAGUGUAUCUUGCGUUCCAAGACACCGGUGACUUUGUGUACAUCAACCUGCUCGAGGACUUGGAGCAAAUCAUCAAUAGCUCGUCCGUGCGUGUGACCCUCGCGUACGGCGAUGCGGACUACAUCUGCAACUGGUUCGGUGGCCAGGCUGUGUCAUUGGCCGCACAAUGGCCGCAUGCUGCUGAGUUCGCUGCUUCUGGCUACACUCCUUUCAUGGUGGACGGCGUCGAGUAUGGCGAGACGCGCGAGUACGGAAACUUCUCGUUCACCCGAAUCUACGAGUCCGGACAUGAGAUUCCGUACUAUCAACCCAUUGCAGCGCUUGGUCUCUUCUCCCGCGCCAUCAACGGCUUGGACAUUGCGACAGGGACGUUCCCUGUCAACGGCACCAAUGGCGGUGCCACGGGCCCAGCCUCAGCCACGCACACUGAGUCGUCGGUUGCGCUGUCCACGUCGACCGCGGCAAGCACUGCGUCAGCACUGCCACUGCCGCGGUUCCGGAGAGAUGAGCGUUGGUCAUCUUGAAUGGGGGCCGUGAAGCUCGAGUCUCGUUGAAAGCCAAAGCAGAGAUAAUGAUAAUGAAUAAGAGCGCAGCAGUAAUCGAAUGGCUGUCCAAAUAUAGAUGCAAGACCAUUGUUCGCAUGAUUCUCCUUUCAGACGAUGUGUUGCGAGUCUUGGACUACUCGUGACUCAGCAUAACUACGUCAUCAUCGGAGAGGCCAAAAGAGUGCCAGGCUUCCUCCAGCCUCAAGUCUCUCGACAUUGCGAUUGUAUACGCAGAACGUCAACUAUAUUCACUGACCAAAGUACAUUCAACGACACCUUAGUGAAGUC